AUGGUAGCUCAAGGUGGAGGCGGCGGCCCUGGUGGUGGAUUCGGUGGUUCCUCCGCAUACGCUGCAUUCACAUCCAACUUGGCAGCUCAGCAAUCCAGCGCCAUUGCAGCAAGCGUAGCGAGUGUCGCCAGUGUUGAGAGUGCUGCGAGUGUGGCGCAGGCAUCUUCCGUGGCAGCGGCGACGACGUCCGGCUCUGGCGACACCAUCUCGACCAGUAUACCGCUCGGCGUAUCUACAACAGAUAACUUGGCACCUUCGAGCACUGCCGCAGCUGUGACGCCCACGAGUACAUCCCAGAGCACUUCCGAUGCAUCAGCGAUUGCAUCAGCUCCCUCGACUCAGUCUACAGCAUCUGCAGCAGAUGCGACAGCUUCAUCUGCAUCUUCAUCACAAACGACCUUCACCACGUCAACCAAACCAGCUGGCGCCGUGUCAAGUGGUGCGUCGUACAGCAGUGCUUCGUCUCUACAUGGCAGUGCUAGCAUGGCCUCUUCCUCGUCAGGAACAGCAGCUUCCGAGACUCAGAACCCACUACCACUGACUGGUAACGCGCAUCACCCCCACAGCAUGUCGCACGGCGCACUAGCAGCAGCAGUAGUCGUGCCCAUCCUUCUCGCACUGCUCGCAAUCAUCCUGGCCUUCCUCUGCCUCCGUCGGAGAAGCAAGCGAAACCGCGAACGCUCACCGAGCGGCGGCGCCUUCCUCCCAGCUAUGCGAGAGAAAUUCAGUUCUGUCCGCGGCUCCUCAUCCACGGCUGCACCAGCACCAGUAGUCACUUCAAACCGUAACAACGCCUACUUCACCGGCCUCGACACCUCCUCUCAAGGCUCUCGCCGGGGUGAAAGCGGUGAGUACUACGCUCCACCACGCCGCAGCGAAGGCGGCACUACAUUUGAUGAACCACCACCGCCUUAUAAAGCCAAGUCUCUGCCUUCCACGCAUGGUUCAGGUGGUGGUAGUCUGAACAGGACCUCCAUACCAGAAGUACCUGAACCCGCCGCCCUGGCAGCUACCACCCUCAUCCCCACCGUCCGCGAACCUCACCACCAGGAAACCACACGCUCGCCCUUCGCCGAUCCUAGCCCUUCCUCCUCCCCGACGAAUCUUGACAAUAACUUCCUCGUCUCUCCUGUCGAGCGCCCGCAGACCUCACGAAGUAUCUCCCAGCGAUCCUUCAAUUCCGACCAAUACUCCGAGACUGCCUCCGUCCACUCGGUCCGCGUGGCGCGGUUGAGCGUGGGUGGGAUGUUAGGUGGGCCGCAUGUGGUAGAUGCGAAUCCAUUUGGGGAUAGGCAUAGCGUGGAGUCUCCGCGAGUCAGCCAUGAGGAGGGUGAGGAGUUCCAUAGUAUGAUUGGGAGUGACAGGAGGAGGAGUGUUGUUAGUGAUGUCUAG